AUGAUGUUUACAAGCAACACCCUCUUGGGAAUUUUCUUCAUAUCCCAGCUCUGUGUAGGUGUCAUAGGGAACUCAUUGCUCUUCAUGUUGUAUGUGUACAAAUUCUUGGUCAAAGCUAGCUUUAGCCGACCUAUUGAUCCCAUUUUCCUGCACCUGAUGAUAGUCAAUAUGUUGGCAAUCUUAUUCGCAUUGAUACCAUAUAUCACGUCAUCCUUCGGAGUACACAGUUUUCUGGAUGAUGCUGGCUGUAAGGCUGUUGCAUAUAUCUACAGAGUUACCCGGGCUAUGUCCAUCUCAACCACGUCUAUUCUAAGUGCGUUCCAAGCCAUCACCAUCACUCCCAGUAAUUCUACAUGGGCAGGGCUUAAGCCUAAACUCUGGACAUGGACUUUUUGGUCUUUCCUGUUUUCCUGGUUCAUCAAUUUGGUCAUAUAUGUGCAACUCUUUGAGACCUUGAUAGCGAAAACCAACUACACUGAUGUUGAUUAUGGAUAUUCUCAUGUUUACUGUGGAAGUCUUCCACUCAAGUACACCAUUCCAGGAUUAUUCCUGAGCAUUAUCAUAAUAAGAGACUUGCUCUUUCUGGCCCUUAUCAUGUGGACCAGCUUCUACAUGGUGACACUUCUCUACCAGCACCACAAGAGAACCCAGCAUCUCCACAACCCAAGCCUCUCCUCCCAGCGGUCUCCUGAACACAAAGCCACGCACACAAUCCUGUUGCUUGUGAACUGCUUUGUGUUCUUUUAUUUGUUGAACAACUUCUUUACCAUUUAUGAUAGCUUUUGUACACGUGAAAGAUUGCCAGGCUUGGGGGCAAUUAUUGCAAUCUCAGCAACAUUUUACCCCACUCUCUGCCCAUUUAUACUGAUGAACAGUAAUAAAAUUCUUUCACAGUAUAUGUCUUCCCUUCCUGUUUUUAAAGAACCAUUAGUAAGCAAUGUCAUUCCCAGGUGUUCUCAUGAACAAAUCUAG